CAACUGACCCGCAAAUCCUGCCCGGGUUUAUUCGGUGGGCAUCUUUAGCAUUUAUCCACUUCUCCGGCGUCGCUCUCAUAACGGCGAUGGCGGCAGAAGUCUCAUACCUCUGAGUAAAAUUACCUUUUUGCCCCUUAAUCCUUCGCUUUCUCCUCAGCAAUUGAACCUUGAUUCGUCUCUUACGUAUGGUUGACGAGAUCCACGCCAUAAUUCUUCAUCUCGAAGUUAUUCGAAGUUUCCCCUUCUUAAUUUUGAUAGCAAGUCACACACACAUACAUACAGAGAGAAGCAUGUUUUUGUGUGUGAGAGAGUAAGGGAAGAAGAUUACUACGCAUGUGGUAUUCAUUGAUUAUAAUUCAUAAACGGAUUUGAAUUCAUCAAUUCAUCAUCGGCGUGAUAUGUGGUUUAAUUGCUCAUGGAUGCUCUGAUUCGUGUGGCGUGAUCCCUCUCUCUGUUAUGAAGUUCGGCAGUAUUUCUUUCCUUUCCUAUUUUAGUUCGUUACAACACGCAUGUGGGUACUGGAUUAAUCAAGUAUCUUCAGAAGCUCAUGAGAUUAUCGCUUUGAUUUGGCCGAUCGAGUUCAAUCAGGAGUUAAAGCGUGGUUUACAUGAGGAGAUACUUCUAUCCUUUAACCAGCUUCCAAAUUGGGGAUCUUCAGUCUUAUCUUUCCGAUCUUACCCUUUUCUUAGCCCCUGAUAGUAAGACCUUUUAUGUAUUGGUGGAUAAUCGACCAUGGCUGGAAGAUCUAGCUUCAAGACCUGCACAUCUAUGGCAGUUAAUGGUUACCAAGUCAAGGAUGUCCCCUUUUGCAAACACAAGGGGCAGAAAGGGAAAGAAAAAGACCAAAGAGUUCAUCAACCAGAAGGUGAAUUCCAAACCUUCAACCCGGACCCAAAACUUGAAAAAAUGGUUUUCAGUAGUUGAUGCUGCAGCAUUAUCAAAAAAGAGAGCUUUAUUACCUGUAAAGAAACUCAGAAGCUCCCUUCUUGCAAAUAGCAAAUUACACAGAACUUUAUACGGAUUCAUUGUCUUUCAAGUUGAGUGGAAAGAUGUUCGUGGUAUCAACUACUUAAAUGAACUUCAGACUGAUACAUCUCUUGCUAUAGAGGCUAAAUACAUGAAAAGAUGGGAAUUCGAUAGCAUAGCUCAAUCAGUUAAAUGCAUAAAUUCAUGGUUUCCAGGAACACCUAAUGAACAAUCAAUCUUGGAAGAGCAUCUCAACUCUAUGCUAGGAGAUGAGUUUUAUGACGCCCCGAAAGAAUUCCAAGAAUACCCUUGUGCAAAAGAUGAUGAAAAAACCUUACAAGGGGAAAAUCUUGAUAAAAAGGUAGAAACUUUAGAAAAUGAAACAAGUGAAGAAAUCCAUACCCCUCCACCUUAUAAGAGAAGAAAACUAACAAAUUCAGCAGGAAUCGAUGUCGAGGUGAAUAUUUACACAGACAUAAGCAACGGAAGAACCGUAAUUACCAAAAUGCCCUCGUUAACCGAUUGUGAUGAAACAGCUGAACCCAGUGAGUCAAAAGACGUGUUGCUUUUAUUCAAGUUUAACAACCAUGAUCUCCCUUUUGAAUUAAAGGAAAUAAUCGUAUCUGAUUUGAGAUUAUUGACUCUUCUAGAAGCUGGACUUCCAUCUUGGGUAAUUUUCUCCCAAUCUUACCCUGUUUUUUGCCAUAUUUAUCGACCAUGGAUGUGCCCUUUAGCAAGAGCUCUAUAUGUCAUCAUCUCCAUUGUUACAGUUGUCAUUGGUUUCUAUGAUCUUUACAAAAAUGUCCCUGUGCUUAAAGCAACUGCUUCACGUUUAUGUGGGCCACUUUUUGAUUGGAUUGAAACGUGGGAAAUGGUAUCGAGGAUUAAGUAUUUAGGGACGAUGCUUUUUUUGCAUAAUUCCGAAAAAGCCCUUGUGUGGUUGUUGAUGAUGACAAGGACUGUGAGGUCAUUUGUUUCGAUUGUUACACAACCUUUAUCUGGUCCGUUUCUUGAUUUUCUUGAAAUUCUUCUUCCGUUUUGGAAUUUGUUUGUGCAAUUUGGACAAUAUUUGUGCUCGUUUUUGGGGAUUUUGAUGGAAAGUUCGUGGGAUUUGGUGGAAAAUCUAAUUGAAGCUGUUAUGCUUCCUGUGUGGUUCGUAUCAUCGGUUGUUUGGACAAUUGUAAUGAGUAUUAUGUACCCAAUAUUUUGGUUCAUUUGGGGGAUACUUUAUGCACCAAUAAGUCUCAUUCUUGGUGUAUCCAAUUUUGUGGGAUUUAUGUACAACCAAAUAUACGAUUUAUUUGGAGAAAUAUGGAUUCUCGUGAGUGAUAUAUUUAAAUUAGCUUCAAAUGCUGAGUCAGCAGCCCACACUUACGAGGUUUCCAUUUGGAGAUCCCUUUGGAACGACUUAUUUUCCCAGGUUUUCCGUGCUCUUCGGAGUAUUUUAAACGGGUUUGUUGCGUUCUUUGCAGCUUGCAAUAGACAUCGAUUGAGCAUAUAUAAUCAUUUACAUGAGUUGAUUCGAAGAGUUAAUCAGCCAAGUGAGAGAUUUGAGGGUGUGAAUGUGAAUUCUAGCCAUGAAUCACAAGGAACUCGGUUACUUGGGGGAGAAAAACAGGAUAGGAGAAAGUGGAAGAAGAGUUAGAUGAUAGAUGCAAGAAAUGAGUAUAUAAAUAUAAUACUAACGAAGAAGUGUAUAAAGUACUAGUUAUGUUAUGAUGUUUAUAAUUAUAAGCUUAGUUCUUUUUGCUAACUAAAA